AUGGACCAAAAAGGACGAAGGACGAAAAAGGACAAAGUACGAAAAGGACAAAAGACAAAAACGACAGAGAAUGAAAAAGACCAAGGACGAAAAGGACGGGGGAUGAAGGACGAAAAGGACGAAUGGCGAAAAGGACGAAGGGCGAAAAGGACGAAGGACGAAAAAGAUAUAGGGCGAAAAGGACUAAGAACGAAGGACGAAAAGGACGAAGGACGAAAAAGACGAAGGACGAAAAGGACGAAGGACGAAAUGGACGAAGGACGAUAUAGACGAAGGACGAAAAGGACGAAAGACGGAAAGGUCGAAGGACGAAGGACGAAAAGGUCGAAGGACGAAAAAGGACAAAGGACGUUUACAAGGUCGCAAAGGACGAAGGACGUUUAG